AUGUCGCUCAGUGUUCCUAAUUUAGAAACUAUAAAUUUGUGUGAUAAUAUUAACUUUGACAAGGAUAUAUCCUCUCAUAAUUUUGAAGGAGGUGUUCUUCCGAUGAAAUUCAAACUUGGUAUAGUUAAACCUUUAUAUCAAAAAGAGGAAAGAAUACAACCAAUGAACUACAGACCAGUUGCCUUAACGUCAGUCUUUGGUAAAUUGAUUGAAAAAAUAAAGCUUGAAAUAUUAAUCGACCACCAUAAUACGAAUAACUUAAUAGGAGAUUUCCAACAUGGAUUGAGAAGUGGUCGGAGCACCAAAUCUGCAACAGUACAGAUUAGCAAGCAAAUGGAAAUAAUUGCUCACUGCAAUGUCAAGUUUGUUAAUUUUUUAGGAUAA